AUAAAUCAGUUAAGCAUAAAAUGCCUGCUGAAUUUGAACUUUGUCCUGGAAGAAAAAUCGGGGGAUCAAACCCCUGUUUUAUCAUCGCUGAGAUUGGACAGAACCAUCAGGGAGACAUAGAAAUCGCCAAAAAAAUGAUCCAAAUGGCCAAGGACUGUGGAGCUGAUUGUGCCAAGUUUCAAAAGAGUGAGAUCGAACACAGAUUCACCAAACACGCUCUGGAGCGUCCCUACACGUCCCCUCAUGCCUGGGGGCCGACCUACGGGGCUCAUAAGCAUCAUCUGGAGUUCAGUCACCAGCAGUACAGAGAACUGCAGCAGUAUGCCAAUGACAUUGGCAUCUUCUUUACAGCAUCGGGGAUGGAUGAGAUGGCCAUAGAAUUUCUUCAUGAAAUCAAUGUGCCGUUUUUCAAAGUUGCCUCAGCAGACACCAACAACAUCCCUUACCUGGAGAAAACCGCCAAAAAAGCUCGUCCCAUGGUGAUAUCUAGUGGAAUGCAGUCGAUGGAGACCAUGCACUGUGUUUACCAAACCGUUAAGAAGCACAAUCCCAAUUUCACUUUCUUGCAGUGCACCAGCGCUUAUCCACUGCCGUUAGAGCACGCCAACCUCAGUCUGAUCCCUGAGUUCCAGAAGGAGUUUCCGGACAUUCCCAUCGGAUACUCUGGACAUGAGACGGGCAUCCAUGUGUCUGUGUCUGCUGUGGCACUCGGGGCGAAGGUCCUGGAGCGUCAUGUGACCCUGGAUAAGACUUGGAAAGGCAGUGACCACGCAGCAUCACUGGAGCCGGCUGAGCUGGCAGAGCUGGUGAGAGCCAUCAGGAUGGUUGAGAUGGCAAUGGGCUCGCCAAUCAAACAGAUGCUGCCCUGUGAGGCUUCCUGUCACAGCAAGUUGGGUAAGUCGGUAGUGGCCCGGAAACCAUUGCAGAAGGGUGAGAUAUUAACUCUUGACAUGCUGACAGUAAAAGUGGCCGAACCGCAUGGUGUGAGACCAGAGAACAUCUUCAAACUUGUUGGCAAGAAAAUCACGGAGGACCUGGAAGAAGAUGCCACCAUCACUGAUGCCAUGAUAAAAGGCUGAUGUUUCAAUGAGGAAGUGAUUUUUAUUAUAUUCGUAUUGUUUGACAUCAGAAAUAUGUAAAGAUGACGUCUUGUAUUGAUUUUACAUAGCCUGUCUGUCACGUGUUUGCUCUUUCUUGUAACAUGUCUGGCCGACUUUAUUGCCAUUUUAACUGUGAAGAAUGAACACUUUAUAAAGUAAAAUCUCUCUCAGUUGAUUUCAACUUAA